UAGGUACUGGUGAGGUACUGGAAGCAUGUGGAACUGUGUGGGGAUGUGGAGGAUAGGUAAUAUGCUGAUAAUUCAGCCAUGAAUGUCUCACGUGCAGAGAUGGGAGGGGCGCCGGCUGAGGGGGACUGGCGUGAGCUCGACACGACGCCGGAGUUUCGCGAGUUUGUCGGCAAGAAGCUGGACCAGCUGGUGAGCAGCAUGAUCAAGGAGAAGGACCGGUGCAAGCACCUGCGGCCGGCGCCGGUCGAGGGCGAGGUGCGGCUGUUCGCCGGCGCUCCGCCGCUGCAGGUGGCCGAGGAGGCAGCCCCGGAGCCCCCGCCGCCGGCCAAGCGGCCCAGACUGAGCGGUGUGGAGCUGCAGCGCUACCAGCUGAAGAAAAAGGGCCGCCGCGAGCGGCAGCCGGCCGUCCCUGACGCGGUGCCUCCGCCGUCCGGAGGUGACGGGCCCGUGUCACAGUCGCCAGACAGCGGCGGCGGGGCGUUGCCGGCCGCCGGGGACAGUGGAAAGGACAGUGACAGCGACAGUGACGAUGACCUGGCCAGGUUCGCCGAGGCCGCCGUACCCGCAGACUUCAUGAAGUCGCUGGCAAAAAGUAAAACAGUGAAGCUGGGUACAGCAUGACGAUCGCAGUGUGAUUUGUGGAUAGGGUCUGUUUUGUAUGUGUAAAUAUCGCGAUGCGCCGUGUUUUUCGGUAAACAGUGGAGAAGCGACCUCUUUGUUCAACGUCUGUCUCCUUUUGUUCGAAUAUAUGCAUGACCAUUUUUAUAUUUUACAAUGCACAUGCGCUUUAUCAACUUCUCAUAUCGAAUCGAUUUCGUCACUGGUGAUUGUACUUUGAAGAUACUUCGUCCGGAGAACACAACAGAGCAAAAAUAUCCAAAGCUAGGCUAGCGACAUUCCUCAUCUAACUAUAUAAUUAACCGUAAGCCCUGCCUAUCAUCAAUCGGAUUAAAUACAUACGUUGCAUGUGAUGCGAUAUACACGGAUCGUUAUUCUAGGGCUAUAGAGAUCUAACUACAGCCACCAUUACCGAGUCAUUGUCAUUCAGUGCGCGGCUGUUUUGCGAUUCCCGCCCCAGAGAGGGGCGGCUCGGUUACGAACUCCGUUCCGUCGCUAUGGAUUCCCGAUCACUGGCCGAUCCUCGCUGAAAGAUGAAUGCGGCCGUGACUGUGGCUCGUUACUCGCUCGUCAAUAAUGUGACGAGUGUCGGUGGGUCGCGAUCGGUCGGCAGCGGCCGGCAGUCUCCGCGCGGAGCUGGUCGCGCGCCGUCCGCCCUGCAGUCGGCGUCAUGGCCCAGGUGGCUGUGUCUGUGACGGCGGCCAGCGGGCAGCCGGUGACACCGGCGGCCGACCGGGCGCGCCGGUCCCGCCGGCUGGGCUGCUGCGGCCGCCGCCGGCUGCUGGCAGACCCGGACUCUGCCGGGAAGAGCGGCUGCCGCCCGCCGCCGUGGCGCAGCUCGCUGCUGAUCGGCGCCAUCAUCGUCACCGCGCUGGCAGUCUGCGUGCUGGUGCCGCUCACACUCGAUGAGGGCGUGCGGCCGCUCUUCUCGGGCAGCUACGCGCCAGCCACGUGUCACGUGGCCAGCGUGGUCGCCUCUAACGGCACGUGCUCGUGCCGCCUGUGCCAGACCGAGCGGAGCUCGUGUCUGGCGUUCACGGCUCACGUGGCGUACGCGUCGCACCUGAUGCUGCGCCGCCGCAACGGCUGGGACGUGGAGCACGCGCUGCUCUCGGCCGGCCCGGAGCGAUGCCACGCCUGGCUGGCCUGCGAGCAGUUUCUGCGCGAGACGGCGGUGCUCGGCAGCAACCUCAGCUGCCUGGUGCGCCAGGACGAGGACGGCGCGCUGGCCGUGCCGCGCCAGCAGCACGGCCGCGCCGCCUGGCUGUUCCUGCUGCUGCUGCUGCCGCUGCUGGUGCUGGCCGCCCUGCUGGUGGCGCUCUACUGUCAGCUGUGCGGCCGGCCGGCGCGCCGCAGGCGGGCGGUGCGCGCGUGGCGCCGCGCCGCCGCCCAGGUCCGUCAGAGGCAGCGCAGCUACGGCCGGUCGGGCGUGGCCACCCGUCCUACCCUGCUGCCGCCCAUCAACGUGGUGGCGAAACGAGAGUGA